CCUCCUCCUCCUCCGCCCCCCCCCCCCGUCCAUGGCGGCCCCGGGGCGCCUCCGGUGCGCGGCCACGCGGCCGGCGGCUGCCGCAGGCAGAGCGCGGCGGGCAGCGACGCAGGUCCCUGAGGAGCUGCUGGGUGACCCCGAGCUGCGGGAGGCGGCGGGGGCCCUGCCCGCCAACUACAACUUCGAGAUCCCCAAAACCGUCUGGAGGAUCCGGCAGGCGGGGGCCAAGAAGGUGGCCCUGCAGAUGCCGGAGGGGCUCCUGAUGUUCGCCUGCACCAUCGCAGACAUCAUCGAGCGGUUCACGGAGGCGGAGGCGGUGGUGAUGGGCGACGUGACCUACGGCGCCUGCUGCGUGGACGACUACACGGCGCGGGCCCUGGGCGCUGACUUCUUGGUGCACUACGGCCACAGCUGCCUCAUUCCCAUCGACGCCACGCAGGGCCUGAAGAUGCUCUACGUCUUCGUGGACAUCAAGAUCGACACGUCCCAUUUCCUCGAGACCCUGCGCUUCAACUUCGCCCCGGGCGCCUCCCUGGCCCUCGUCAGCACCAUCCAAUUCGUGUCGGCCGUGCAGGCGGCCGCGCAGGAGCUGCGCCCGCAGUACCGGGUGUGCGUGCCCCAGUGCAAGCCGCUGUCCCCCGGAGAGAUCCUGGGCUGCACCUCACCCCGGCUGCCACAGGACACGGAUGCCAUCGUGUAUUUGGGUGACGGCCGCUUCCACCUGGAGUCCGUCAUGAUCGCCAACCCGGGGAUACCUGCGUACAGGUACGAUCCCUACAGCAAGGUCUUCUCGCAGGAGCACUACGGCCACGAGCGCAUGCGCAGCGCCCGGCAGGACGCCAUCCGCGCCGCCGCCCGCGCCCGCUGCUGGGGGCUCAUCCUGGGCACCCUGGGGCGCCAGGGCUCCCCCCGCAUCCUGCAGCACCUGGAGUCUCGUCUGCGCGCCCUGGGCCGCCCCUUCGUGCGGGUGCUGCUGUCCGAGAUCUUCCCCAGCAAGCUGCAGCUCUUCCCCAGCGUGGACGCGUGGGUGCAGAUAGCCUGUCCCCGGCUCUCCAUCGACUGGGGGGAAGCCUUCAGCAAGCCGCUGCUGACUCCCUACGAGGCGGCGGUGGCUCUUGGGGACGUGGAGUGGCAGCCGACGUACCCCAUGGACUUCUACGCCAGCCAGUCCUUGGGGCCGUGGACGGCGAACCACGGCACCCCUGCAGCCCCCCGGCCGCAAACCCCAGGUGAAGCCCCCCACACCCCUCGCCCCCACGGAUGGCGCUGAGGGGACGCAGGACCCCAAUGGCCCCACUGAUGCUUAUGGGGACGUGGCAGGGGGCACAGCCCCAAAGGGACUGAACGCCAGCAGGGCUGCACCAGCUCG